UCAUUAUCUUACUUGAAACCAAACUUCACACGAAAAUGGUCCAAAAACCUCACAUCAAAUGUAUUAUUAUUUCACCACCCUCCCUCUUCUUCAUCCUAAUUGGAUUCUUGAUUGUCUUCACCGGAAAAUCAAGACCGCCAUUUGCUUGUGACCCAAGUAAUAAGGUCACUAAAGACCUCACCUUUUGUCGCGUAAACCUACCGAUAAAAGAUCGAAUUAAAGAUUUGCUAGGAAGACUAACUUUGCAAGAAAAAAUAAGCCUUUUGGUCAACAAUGCAGCCGCGGUACCUCGACUAGGAAUUCAAGGGUACGAAUGGUGGUCCGAGGCGUUACAUGGUGUUUCGGACGUGGGCCCCGGGACGAAGUUUCUUCCAACGUUUCUUGGCGCCACACAGUUUCCUCAAGUUAUUACGACGGCUUCGACUUUUAAUGACACUUUGUGGGAAGAGAUUGGACAGGUGGUAUCGAAUGAAGCCCGAGCUAUGUACAACGGAGGAAUGGCGGGCCUAACCUUUUGGAGCCCGAAUGUGAACAUUUUUCGUGAUCCAAGGUGGGGUCGUGGUCAAGAAACACCAGGAGAAGAUCCAGCACUAGCCGCUCGGUACGCGGUUAGGUAUGUUAAAGGACUUCAAGGCAAUGUGGGUAAUAGACUUAAGGUAGCCGCGUGUUGCAAACACUACACCGCGUAUGAUCUUGAUAGUUGGCAUGGCUAUAAUCGACAUAGCUUUAAUGCUAAGGUGAGUAAACAAGAUUUAGAGGACACAUAUAACGUACCAUUCAAGGCUUGUGUUUUAGAAGGUAAAGUUGCAAGUGUGAUGUGUUCAUACAAUCAAGUCAAUGGAAAGCCUACUUGUGCCGAUUCGAAUCUCCUCAAGAGCACAAUACGCGGGUCUUGGCGCCUCAACGGAUACAUCGUGUCGGAUUGUGAUUCGGUUGGAGUUAUGUAUACUGAUCAACAUUACACGGCUACACCAGAAGAUGCGACCGCAGAGAGUAUCAAAGCAGGGCUUGAUUUGGAUUGCGGCCCGUCUUUGGCGGUGUAUACCGAGGGGGCAAUCAAACAAGGGAAAUUAAAAGAGGUUGAUGUUGAUGGGGCCUUGGCAAACACCAUUGGUGUUCAGAUGCGUUUGGGUAUGUUUGACGGGCCAAAACAGCCAUAUGCAAACUUAGGAAUACAUGAUGUGUGCUUAUUGUCGAGUAACCAACUUGCACUAGAAGCGGCCCGUCAAGGGAUCGUUCUUCUAGAAAACCGUGGGCGAGGCCCACCUUUAUCAACAGUGCGACAUCGUACUGUUGCUGUUAUUGGGCCCAAUUCUGAUGUCACUGUCACCAUGAUCGGCAACUAUGCUGGAAUCGCUUGUGGGUAUACAACACCAUUACAAGGUAUAGCGAGAUACGUUAAGACGAUCCAUCAAGUGGGAUGUAGUGAUGUGAGUUGCAAAGGGAACCAGUUAAUUGGGCCGGCCGAAAAGGCAGCCCAACAAGCCGAUGCAACCGUGUUAGUUAUGGGCCUUGAUCAAUCUAUUGAAGCUGAAGAAAGAGACCGGGCCAACAUACUAUUGCCUGGACAUCAACAAGAGCUAAUAUCUAGAGUUGCAAAGUCUUCAAGAGGCCCAUGUGUACUCGUCAUUAUGUCUGGUGGCCCACUUGACAUCACUUUUGCGAAAAGAGACCCUCGUAUUUUGGCUAUAAUUUGGGCCGGGUAUCCGGGUCAAGCCGGUGGAACUGCUAUUGCAGAUGUCUUGUUUGGAACAACCAAUCCAGGAGGAAAGUUGCCUAUGACAUGGUACCCACAAGAGUACUUGGCUAAAGUACCAAUGACUAAUAUGGGAAUGCGGGCCGACCCAGCCCACAACUACCCCGGUCGGACCUACCGUUUCUACAAAGGGCCCGUUGUCUAUCCAUUUGGACACGGUCUAAGUUACACAACUUUCCAUCAUUCCAUAGCUCAAGCCCCAACAUCUCUUUCGGUUCCCAUGCUACCAAUCCACCUCGAAAACAACAACGCAACGGCUCUAACCAACGGGGUGCGCAUAUCACACACGAAAUGCUCGACCCUCUUAACAACCCUACACAUCAAUGUGAAGAAUACAGGAACCAUGGACGGGACUCACACCAUGAUGGUGUUCUCGAGCCCGCCAGAAGGUAAAUGGGCCACAAACAAGCAAUUGGUGGGCUUUCAGAAGGUCCAUGUGGUGGCUGGUGGGCUUCAAAGGGUUGCACUUGAUCUUCAUGUAUGCAAACAUUUGAGUGUGGUUGACCAAUUUGGGAUUCGAAGGGUUCCAAUGGGUGAACACACACUUCACAUUGGUGACAUCAAACAUUCUUUAACCAUUAAACCAACAAUUGAAGAAAUCAAGUAUUGAUAUUGAUAUUUUCUAAUUAAACUUUUAACUAUUUGAAGUUGGGAAUUCUACCCUCCUUUUACCCUAGAGUAAAAACAGAAACUGUAAAUGGGGUGUUAUGUACAACCCAUUAAACCGAUUCAAUGAAUUAAAAUAGUUUGGUAAUGCUUUAGGCC